AUGGUUAUUAUUUCGCUAUAUGUUGAUGAUCUUCUAGUGACUGGCAGCAACUUUGCUUUAAUUGAAAAGGUGAAAUCAGAAUUGAAGAAAGCAUUUGAUAUAACAAAUUUGGAGAAAAUGCAAUACUUUCUUGGCAUAGAAAUACAUCAAACACAACAAGGAAUCUUUGUUUGCCAAAGAAAGUAUGAUAAGGAAGUUUCAAGAAAGUUCAAUAUGGAAAAUUGUAAACCAGUAAGCACUCCCCUAAUUCAGAAUGCAAAGUUGAUGAAGGAAGAUGGAUUAACAAGACUAGAUAUUACAUUUGUUACAAAUAUGUUGUCAAGAUUCAGACAAGAGCCAAGCAAAAUACACUUUCAAGCAGCAAAAAGGGUUUUGAGAUACAUUAAAGGGACUGAAGAGCUGGGAAUUUGGUUUAGAAAGUCUGAAAUUCUGAAGUUGAUUGGUUUUACAGAUAGUGAUUGGGCUGGAUCCUCCGAAGACAUGAAAAGCACCUCUGGUUAUGUGUUUUAUGUUGGCUCAAGUGUUAUUUGUUGGAAUUCAAUAAAGCAGAAAAUUGUAGCACAGUCCACAGCAGAAGCUGAAUACAUUGCAACCUCAGAAGCUACAAAUCAAGCACUCUGGUUGAAGAAAGUGUUAUAG